AUGCUGGCUUCGAGAAACCACGCAGGCAAUGUUACGAAGAAGUAUAUUUGCCCGGAAUGUCGGACAUCCGCUUUACUUUCGACCUUCUUCCAUCACAGUAAAAGAACGAAACUCCCAGGAUCUAAACGCACCCGUGCGCAGUCUACACAGCAUGGAGAGCCAUUCAGCACAUUGAGCUCCUCCCUGGCAUCACUGGAGACCUCUCGGGCCCCCAUUGCCACCUUUCGAGACAUCAGACUAGGCUCCUCCAGCACCUCGCGACCCCCUCCUUCAUCGUCCACGACCCCCGCUGUCACUUCUGACUCAGUAAUCCGCAACCACCUAAGAGCAUGGAGCGCCGAGAACAACAAGAAAAAGAGGAAAGAGGCAGAUGCCCACAGCGAUUCUCUCAAGCUCAAACGGCUGACGGUGUUGCCCAACUCCCUCUUCAUCGAAGAAGCAAGCCUCGCCGAUAAUACAUUGGGUGAGGACGAAGAACUGAGCGCAGGCGAUCUUCCUGAGAUAUGGGAAGAUGCUGUAGAGGGUGGCAAUGUCCCUCAUCUCGAUCCCGGCGACUUGAUAUGGUGGCAGCCCGGAAAAUACACGGCUGGCGCCGGUCGCUUUGCGCGUUCACAGCUCGCCAUCUUCUUGGGUACCCUAGGUUGGCAGCGACAGUAUUUACUAUCUGACGGCCGCUGGGUUGUCGAGCAAUCAGUCCAGCAGCCCAGUCCCAGGUACAAGCAGUUCGCUUCCCAGCAAGAAAUCGACCAGAUUCGGAAACACUUGCCAGUCAAGCCACUGGAGAUGCAGGCUACAGAUUUCGACGUCAAGAUGGGUUACAGCUUUGCCGGCGACACCCCCUCCGUCGACUCCGAGACUCUCAUAACGCGGCUUGCUCGUUUCGUCGAUGACAUGUCCACCUGGCGCCGGGAAAAUCUUGAUCUUCUCGACUCGCUCUAUGAACACAUCGCCGACGAAGAAAGGUACAUCUCCCUCUCGUACGAGCAAAUGGUGAGCAAAUUGCUGGGUACCAAAUACUCUGAAGUACCUCCUGCUGCACUCUUCGCGGUCUACAGGACACUGCGAAGGAAGCAUGUCGCUCAGAUCACCGUACUGAAAAAGACCCACUAUCCCUCCGCAACUGUAGCUAUCAUCCCCAAACGAUUGGCAAAGCGCUUUGAUCAAGUCUGCACAUGGGCUCGAGAAUAUCAAGAGGCGGCCGCCGCCGCCGCUAUGGGAAAGGACGUGACGGGUGAUCUGGCACGCAACCCCCUCUCUUCCUUCGUUGCAAAGGCAAGGCGCUUGAUCCUGAAGAGCCGCACUUUACGCUCUCCCACCACCAUUGGCAGUCUUGGACCGAGUUCCAUGCAACCUACAGAUCUUGAAAAUGGCAAGAUUCCCGUCAAAGAGAACGAUGAAACGUUCACGGAAGAGGACAAGAUGUUUCUAGAGUUCCUUUGGGAUUGCUAUGUUCGCUAUCCUCCCCCGGACAACAACCGAAACCUCGCCAUAGCCUCUUUGAUCCUCCGAGCUAUCGGUGCAUAUCCCAAGCUUCGCCUCGACCACAAUAUGGGGUGUCUUUUGCUGCAAGAAUUGGGUACCCUGCCACCGUGGUUCCUUCGUUCCGACCACAAUGUGACCCUCAAGAUCCCCGGCGGGAGAGGGAGUCAAGAGCUGACCCGUGUCUAUGACGAGGCGGACCGCUUCUGUCACAGAUUAGGUCUGAGCAAGACCCUCGAUCAUGGCUUGCUCGUAGACUCUAUGGCAUCUCUACGCCAGGAUUUUGAGCUGCCAGUCUACUGCAUCGACGCUGGAGAAACAAAUAUCAGAGAAGACGGGUUUUCGAUUGAGCCUAGCAGCGAAGGUACUGGUGCCUACUGGAUCCAUGGCCAUGUAUCACACCCAACUGCAUUCAUCGACCCAGAUCACAUCAUAGCACAGCGAGCCCUGAAGCUUACUGAGAGUGUCUUCCACAACACUUACGUUGCACGGAUGGUUCCUGACAGCUUUACACGAACAUUGUCUCUGCGCUCCGGUUCCCCCGCCAUCACCGUCAGCACGCUAUUCACAGAGGCUGGUGACGUGAUAGACAUCAAGAUUCGGCCGACUACGCUGCGAAAUGUGAUUUACCUCUCCAAUGCUGCAGUGGAACAUGUUCUCGGGAAGCCCGAAUACGAAGCCGCUACUCUCUCGUUGGGCCCUCAGGUUGGAUUGCCCCCUAAGUCUUUGCAACAGGCGGCACCUGCGGACAUCGAAAAAGCUCGUGCCCACCUAUCGGACCUUCAAAGACUGGAGGAGCUUCUCCUCGCUAGAGAGGAAAGUCGUCGACGAUCUGUGGCCGUGGCACCGGACUGGGAAGUCCAGGGGAGCCUUUCGACACAAAGCUACGUCCAUAUCAUAGGCAGCCGGUUUGAUGAAGACAGCCUGUUCCGGAGCCAACAAUACCAGGGCGAUCCUGCGAUCAGAAUUACAGUGUCUCGGUAUAUGCGACUGAAUCGAGUGAAAGAAAUGCCACGGUACGUUACCUUGACAGCGUUAUGUGGAGACCUGGUCGCAGAGUCGGCCGGCAAGUGGUUCCAGGACCGCAAGCUACCUGCAUGUUUCUUUGGAUCCUCGUACGCUGCAGACUUUCCCCCUGCCAAACUCAAUCAACUAGGCCGCGGCGAACAUGCAGAGUAUCCUUCGGGCAAGCUCUCGUCUUCGCCUAUACCUCACGUCCACAAAAGCCAUCAAGUCCAUUUGUGGUUCAGCAACCCUCUCCGACGCUAUCCAGAUUUGAUGGCCCACUGGCAGGUUGAUGCCUACCUCCGUGCCGAGGCCAGCGGAGCCGUUCAGCCGGGCGGUCCGGGCGACCAGCUGCCGUUGCCCAUCUCCAAGGAAAUGGUCGACAAGUUCAUCGUAGAACAUUCGCCCCGAAUGUAUGAGUGGGCACGUGAGAUCUCGCGCAACGAGAGGAAACAUUGGAUCACGCAAGCACUGUUCCGAGCAUUUCACUUCAGGGAGGCAGAACUCCCAGAGGUAUGGGACGUAAAUGUGACCUCGGUCAAUUCGACGCGGACUCGACCUGAUGACAGUGGGCUCAGGGGCGUUCUUCUCCCUUUCAACGUCUACGCGGUUAUUUUGGCAUCGAACGAGGGUUGGGAAAAGGGGGUGAAGUAUCGUUCGUUUCUGCCGGUGAAGCUGGAACUUGUUGACUUAGUCCGGAAGACGGUGGUCGUCCGUGCCGUUGGUCCUCCUAGCGAGACCUACACUCAGUCCGGCAGCAUUCAUAUCACGCCAAAGACACAUUCCCAGAGGUCAGAGGACAAUACCGAAUCUUAUGAGAGGACAACGCCCUCUGAAGAUGCGCCCGCUCCCACAGUCGCCGCAUCCGCCUAG